ACAGUCUUAGUACUCAGCUUUAUCAUGGCCAGACGCCUGCUGUUUGUCUGUCUGCUGUUUAUGUAUUUCUUUUAUGAGAUCAAAUCACAAGCUCUUCUUCCACCUAAACUGACAGUGAAUCCAGCGGUGAUCACAGAGACAGAAACAGUCACACUGAACUGUCAGACUCCAUCAUCUGUUUCUGUGUCUCAGUGUUAUUUCCUCACUUUAAGUGGAGGAACUGUCAGAGUCUUUUCAUGUCUGAAGACACUGACAGGAACUGAGCUGCUGGAGAUGGCACACCAGAGUUCACCUGCUGAGGUUAAAGUGAAAUGUGCCUACUAUGUAAAGUCUCAAUCUCCUGACAGCGAGGCGGCCUCAGUCACUAUACGAACUCUUCUUCCACCUACACUGACAGUGUAUCCAGCGGUGAUCACAGAGACAGAAACAGUCACACUGAACUGUCAGGCUCCAUCAUCUGUUUCUGUGUCUCAGUGUUAUUUCUACACUUUACAAGGAGGAAUUGUCAGAGUCUUCUCAUGUCUGGCGACACUGACAGGAAGUGAGCUGCUGAAGAUGGCACACCAGAGUUCACCUGCUGAGGUUAAAGUGAAAUGUUUCUACUAUGUAAAGUCUCGCUCUCCUGACAGCGAGGCGGCCUCAGUCACUAUACGAACAUCUCUUCUACUCAGACUGACGGUGAAUCCAGCGGUGAUCACAGAGACAGAAACAGUCACACUGAACUGUCAGACUCCAUCAUCUGUUUCUGUGUCUCAGUGUCAUUUCUACACUGUGGGGCAAGCUCUUCCCAAAGUCCUCUCUUGUGAGACGACUCUGACAGGAACUGAGCUGCUGAAUAUGGCACGUCUGAGUUCACCUGCUGAGGUUAAAGUGAAAUGUUAUUAUUCUGUAAAGGUUGGAGAGAGAGAUUCUCCACACAGUGACACAGCCUCCAUCACCAUACACACUCUUCUUCCACCUAAACUGACAGUGUAUCCAGCGGUGAUCACAGAGACAGAAACAGUCACACUGAACUGUCAGACUCCAUCAUCUGUUUCUGUGUCUCAGUGUUAUUUCUACACUUUAAGUGGAGGAACUGUCAGAGUCUUCUCAUGUCUGGUGACUCUGACAGGAACUGAGCUGCUGAAGAUGGCAUACCAGAGUUCACCUGCUGAGGUUAAAGUGAAAUGUUUCUACUAUGUAAAGUCUCACUCUCCUGACAGCGAGGCGGCCUCAGUCACUAUACGAACUCUUCUUCCACCUAAACUGACAGUGUAUCCAGCGGUGAUCACAGAGACAGAGACAGUCACACUGAACUGUCAGACUCCAUCAUCUGUUUCUGUGUCUCAGUGUUAUUUCUACACUGUGGGGCGAGCUUCUCCCAAAGUCCUCUCUUGUGAGACAACAUUGACAGGAAUUGAGCUGCUGAGGAUGGCAUAUCAGAGUUCACCUGCUGAGGUUAAAGUGAAAUGUUUCUACACUGUAAAGGUUGGAGAGAGAGAUUCUCCAUCUCCACACAGUGACACAGCCUCCAUCACAAUAUACAAUGUUGUGGAAAAAGAAUCAAGCAUGCCCCCGAUAAUGCCAACAUUAAGUAUGAGCACAGGUCUGACUGACAGCAGGAUUCAUGCUUCCACUCCUGUAACCUCUGUAAAACAAACAUCAGUUUUAACUGCUGGUAUGCCCAGUAACACUGAUACUUCCACUUCCCCUACAUCAGUGAAACCAGCAUCAGAAACAGCCACCAGUAUGACUCCUUUGAAUCCAGCAUCUGGCAAUCAAACAACAGAAAUGUGGAUAUGGAAUAUUGUAGUAGCUGUGGCUGGUUUUGGAGUAACUGCGGGUGUCAUCAUCCUGGUUUCUGCAAUUCUCUGGAUUAAAAGAACAGGUUCUGAUGAAGAGAGACAGCCAGAGGCUCAAAAUGAGAAUACUGACACAUACCAUGUGUACGCCAACAUCGCUGAUGAGCCACCUUCAUCAGACCUGAGGGGUGUAAUGUACAGCAAAGUGCUGAAACACUGAAAUGGUUUUAUACUGUACAGAGAAAGAGAAGAUAGACUAGACAAGGGUUACUUAAAAUAAGUUGACUGUUGAUAGUUGUUGCUUUUUUUAGAAACAGUAAAGAAUUAUUGUAAAAUUUUAGUUUUACUGAUAUAUAACUUGAGGAUUUCACUUUACUCCUGUUUGUAAUUUUUGUUUUGUUUAUAAUGUGUUGUCUUGAUUAUGUUUAUCCCACUUUUUGUAACCGAAUAUAUUUUGUCUGAGACUUCUGUGACUAUACAUUAUUAAACAAUUUAUAUGCA